AUGCGUUUCUUCGUCUCCCUCGCUGUGGCCGCCAUGGCCGCCGUCGCCGUGGCCGACAGCAAAGCCAACCCCUUUAACAUUCCCACCGAUGGUUACACCUUCAAGACCGGCGAGCCUACUGCCCUGACCUGGGACCCUACCACCAAGGGCACUGUCAGCCUGAUCUUGCAAUGGGGAGCCGUGAUGACCGGUAACUCCGGAACUGUCAUUGCCUCGAACAUUGAUAACAGCGGUAGCUACACCUGGGAUGUGCCCUCUAGCCUGGCCGCCCAGCCUGACUACACUAUUAAGAUCGUCUCGGAUGACGAUAGCGACGACUACAACUACAUCGGUCGUUUCACCGUCGAGGGCUCCACCGUCUCUGUGACUUCUUCUGCCAGCUCGACCAAGGAGUCCACCACCAAGGAGUCCACCACCGAGUCAUCCACCAAGGCCACCCGCACCACUACCUCAGAUGAGUCCAGCACUGCUUCGUCCAAGCCUACCAGCUCCCCCAGCAUGACCACCGCUUCCAGCACUUCCGCCAGCGCAACCCCUAGCGAGACUCCUAGUGAGACCCCCGAGAGCUCCAGCGCUGCUGCCUCCACCACCGCUGCCCAGACCACCGUGCCCACCGCUAACGCCGGUGUUGCCAACCGUGUCUCCGGUGGCUUGCUGGCCCUUGUUGCCGGUGCUUUGAUGCUGUAA